AUGGAUUGGGGCGUUAUGUCCGCUGCAUUAGAUCACUUUUCAGACCGUUUAAGGGCUGGGGCAAAAGCCGACUUGUUGGCCUUGGCAAAGAUUACUUUUGUGAAGAGCCGGACAGCUAGAGUCUUUUGGGAGAACGGGUUUCGCAGCAUUGCGGCCAUCGCAAAUGCUGAUCCCAAUGAGCUUCUGCCAAUUCUAAUGCAGGCUCAACCAAGUAAACUGCGUAUCAAGGAGCAGGAAAGUAUCAAAUACGAAGAAAAACUCAUGGCUAAGGCCAGGGUCAUCUCGGACUCGGCCAACCGACUGUGGCGUAUUCAAAUGCAACAGGAAGUCUACGAGGAAGAAUGA